UACCUGCGGGAUCACUUUGCCACUGUGCUGACACAAGUCGUCACUGCCUUUAUCUACGUCUUCACUGCAUUAGAGGGAACAGCUCUAAGUUGUCUCAAUGGCGUCCGAUCAGGAAAGCUGCUUCCUCUGUAAGGAAUAUCUCAGGGAUCCUGUGUCCAUCCCAUGUGGCCACAUAUUCUGCUCCAUUUGCCUGAAGACAUACUGGGACCAUGCUGACUACACGGGCUCGUACACGUGCCCCCAGUGCAGGGUCAGCUACAACAAGAGGCCCACUCCAAGACGCAUUGGAGGUUCUCGGCAGUCCACCCUCCAACGCAACAGCGAAUCCUUUCCACCUCCACCUCCGUCCCCUGACUACAACUAUGCUGGACCCCAGGAUGUAGGUUGCGACAUCUGCAUUGGAAAGAAGCACAAAGCCAUCAAGACCUGCCUGAUGUGCCUGGCUUCUUAUUGUGAGAAGCAUCUAAAGCCCCACUUUGAGUCCGCCACUUUUAAGAGGCACAAGCUGGUGGAUGAAAUCGGCCACCUGGACAGACAGAUCUGUCCCCAACAUCAGAAGGGUCUGGAGCUGUUCUGUCGCACUGACCAGAUGUGUAUCUGUGUGCUGUGUACGGUGAAAGAACACAAAGGUCACGACAUGGUGUCUGCUGAGCAGGAAAGAGCGGAAGAGCAGCAACGGCUGGGUGCUACCCAGGCUGAGAUCCAGGAGAAGAUUCAUGACAGAUUCAAGCAAAUGGAGGAGCUAAAACAAGCAGUGGACUCUCUCAAGAACUCAGCCCAGAGAGCCCUGCAGGAAUGCGAGAAGAUGUUUGCCGACAUGAUGCGCUCCAUUGAGAGGAUGCAGCAAGAGAUGGCCAAGCUGAUCUCCUCCAACAAGAGAGCAGCACUCAGCAACGCAGAGGGCCAUUUGGAGCGUCUGACCCACGAGAUCGCUGAUCUGAAGAGGAGGGACAACGAGAUCACCCAGCUGUCCCGCACCGAGGACCACAUCCACUUCAUCCAGACCUACCACAUGCUGAUAGCCCAGACAGAGGCUGAGGAGCUGCCUACAGUGAGCGUCAACCCAUACUUCAGCUUUGGCCCAGUGAAUAAGGCCGUCUCUGAGAUGAAGCAGCACCUGAAUGAAUUCAGCAAUGAUGAACUGGUUAAGGUAGCCAAGGCAGUUAACAAAAUGACCUUCUGCCAACUGGAUGAAUCCAAAAAGAGACGAUCUGUAAAAAGUGAAGAAGCUGCCGUGUACAAGUCCGUACCAGUCAAGGAACCUCAGCACCGAGACGACUUCAUGAGAUAUGCUUGCCAGCUCACUCUGGACCCGAACACAGCCUACAGACAGCUCUACUUGUCUCGAGGGAACAGGAAAGCUGCCCUCAAGAGAGACCCCCAGUCCUAUGGUGACCACCCUGCCAGGUUCGACUCCCUGCCCCAGGUCCUGUGUAUGGAGUCUCUCUCUGGAGGAGCUUACUACUGGGAGGUUGACUGGAGCGGUGAGGGAGCUGCCAUCGGAGUCACCUACAAAGGCAUCAAGAGGGUGGGCUACGGAGACACCUGCCGCAUCGGCUACAACCGCAAGUCUUGGAGCCUCUUCUGCUCUGAUUCCAGCUACUCCGCCCGCCACAGCAAAGACCAGAUAGAGGUCAACGCACCCUACUCAUCACGUAUCGGGGUGUUCCUAGACCACAGCGGGGGGACCCUCUCUUUCUACGCUGUAGGAGACACCAUGUCUCUCAUCCACCGCUUCAAGGCCUCCUUCAGUGAGCCUGUCUAUCCAGGCUUCUGGGUUUGGUAUGAGUCUGCCGUAAACCUCAUCCAGCUGUGAUGAAAUAACACACGUCCAAUGAUCACUAAUCAACGGUAUUUCAGUUUUGAUACCAAUUUAAAGAAGACAAAUCUCUACUAUUCUCUGAUGAUGUGAUUCUUUUACAAGAUUGGAUACUGUUUUUUAGAUUACAUACAGAAUGUGUAUCAGGGGAACUGUUAAUGAUGACUGUGAAUAUUGUUCGAAUCAUGUAAAAUACGAGAUCAGGUACAAACAUUUUGAAUGAUCAAAUGAAAUAAUGAAGGAUGUACCUAAUAUAAUAUAUGUCAUGUGAUCAUUUAUAUAGAUUAUGAUUCACUUAUUUUUAUCAAUAAACACUUCAUAACACGGA